AUGGAAUUCAACAACAUGAUCAACAGGUUUCUCAAGAGAGAUGUCGAAUCAAGCAAGCGGCGCAUGUAUAUCAAAACAUACGCUGUGACGCCUUUGAACGAGGAAUGUGGUCUUAUCGAGUGGGUUGACAACCUCCGCACGCUGAGGGAGAUUAUUAUCAAGGCUCUACGCGAGAGAGGAAUUUCACCAAACUACAACGAGAUCAGGCACUAUUUGGACGAAAUCUGCGCCGAUCCAUCAUUCUCAAAACUGCCGUUGUUCACAACCAAAAUCUUGGCCAAGCUUCCCCCAGUUCUUCAUGAGUGGUUCAUCGAGAUGUUCCCCGAGACAGAAGCAUGGUUCACAGCCAGACUGCGGUAUACACGAUCUUCUGCCGUUAUGUCAAUGGUGGGAUAUGUCCUGGGUCUAGGCGAUCGACAUGGCGAGAACCUCUCAUUCGAGGAAGGCACAGGUGGCCUAUUACAUGUUGAUUUCAACUGUCUCUUUGACAAGGGUCAAACGUUCGAAAAGCCCGAGGUGGUACCAUUCCGACUGACCCAUAACAUGGUUGAUGCGUUUGGCGCUUAUGGAUACAACGGUCCCUUCAGAAGGACCUGUGAAAUCACUCUCAGUCUUUUACGACAGAACGAGGACGCAUUAAUGACUGUUCUCGAGACCUUUUUGCAUGAUCCAACAACAGAUUUUAUUGGCAAGAGGCGUCGCGCCCAUGUCAAUGUCCCCGACACACCAGCUGGUGUUUUGGAAGACGUGCGAAACAAACUUCGGGGCUACAUGUCUAAACAGCCCAUUGCCCUUUCCGUGGAUGGCCAAGUGGAUGAGUUGAUCGUGCAAGCAACAGACAAGAAGAAGCUGGCGUCGAUGUAUAUCGGAUGGUGUUCAUUCUUCUGA